AGCGACCCAGAUGCUGAUCCUCGGGAUAUAAAAGCAGGCAGGGUAGUCCUCCAUCCCCUCCUCUCAUCACCCACCCAACUACCACCGCUCAACAGCAACAGCAUCCAGCAGCUUCUACAUCCAGCAACCCAUCAUCACAUCAAUCCCUAAUACUAUCUCCUAAUACCAUCCCCUAAGCAACACCCAAUAAUGCACACAACCACCCUCGCCCUCCUCGGCCUCGCCCUCGCCGGCACCGCCCUCGCCGCACCUUCCUACAACCCCCCCAGCUCCGACUACGGAUCCAAGCCCUACGGCGGGGACGACUGGAAGAAGGACGACGGCUACAAACAGAACUACGACGUGAAGAAGUACGAGGGCUCCGGCUACGGCAAGGAGAACUCGUACGGGAAGGAGAAUUCAUAUGGCAGGGAGAAUUCCUAUGGCAAGGAGAACUCCUACGGUAAGGAGAACUCAUACGGUAAGGAGAACUCCUACGGCAAAGAGAACUCCUACGGAGGCUCGUACAGCAAAGGCCCCACCGCAACCAUCACGCUCGCGCCCGCAAAAGACUCCUACGGCGCAUCGUCCUCGUACACCUCCAAGCCCGUGCAAACCCUCGGCGACGGCAACAUCAACAUGCAAGGCUGCUUCAACAUCGAGGACGAUUAUAAGAAGGGGGAUAACUACAAAAAGGAUGAUUACAAGAAGGACGAUUACAAGAAGGACGACUACAAAAAGGACGACUACUACAAGAAGGACGACUACAACAAAAAGGACGACUACUACAAAAAGGACGACUACAAGAAGGACGACUACAAAAAAGACGACUACUCGUACACCUCCCCCUCCUCCUACGGCGGCAAUAACAAAGACUACUCCUACUCCGACAAAUGCUCCUCCGCCAAAUCCCACUUCUACUCCACCCACUCGGCCACCCUCAAGCAAUGCAUCUCCAUCGCCUGCGCCCCCGGCCAGAGCUCCGGUUACACCCGCAGGGCCAUCGAACAGUGCUACGAGCUCGAGAAGGCCGCGAGGAGGAAUAAUGGCGGCGAGUUGCCUUAUGGGUGGUAGAUUGCUCUCUAACGAAUACUGAACUCUUACCACAAAGCACACUUUGAACUCUUCCCCGUUUCAUCCCAUCUCUUCCUCCUUUCGGG